AUGGUUGGUAAACGGCUGGGAGAUAAUUAUAGAAUCUUCAUAAUGGAGUGCGUUGUUCAAGGAAUUGUAGAGACACAGCAUGUUGAAGCCCUUGAAAUUCUUCUUCAAGGUCUAUGUGGUGUUCAUAGAGAACGUUUAAGGAUCCAUGAAAUGUGCUUAAAAAGUGGACCAAACCUAGGACUUGUAGCUUCAGAGGUUCGACUUUUAUGCGAUCUUGAGCAGCCUGAACCCGCUUGGACUGUUAAACAUGUGGGGGGUGCAAUGAGAGGUGCCGGCGCUGAACAAAUUUCUGUCCUGGUGAGGACCAUGGUAGAAAGCAAAGCAAGCAAGAAUGUGCUCCGCGUGUUUUAUGCACUUGGCUAUAAGUUAGAUCAUGAACUGCUAAGAGUGGGAUUUGCCUUCCAUUUUCAAAGAGGAGCUCAGAUUACCAUUACAGUGUCCUCAGUUAAUAAGAUGCUCAAACUGCAUGCAACCGAUGAGGCAGUGCCUGUGACCCCAGGCAUUCAACUGGUUGAAGUGACAGCCCCUGCAUCAUCUGAAAACUACACCGAAGUUGUUGCUGCAAUGUCAUCUUUCUGUGAAUAUCUUGCACCGCUUCUCCAUUUGUCAAAACCGGGUGUGUCUACAGGGGUUGUUCCUACUGCCGCUGCUGCUGCAGCAUCCCUCAUGUCAGAUGGUGGAGGGGUUGUUCCUACUGCCGCUGCUGCUGCAGCAUCCCUCAUGUCAGAUGGUGGAGGUACCACCUUAUAG